AUGGGCUCGGCUCUCCCGGGCACACCCGGCCCCGCCUGGGGCAGCAGCGGCUGCCGAGCCCCGCGUUCCGCGGCCGGCGAUGCCCCUCCUGUCCCGGCACUCGGGGCCAGCCCGAUCCCCCUCCGCGGGCCGGCCCUGCCUUCCGCCGGGGCUCUCGCUGCCCCAAUCUCUGCUCCAGCCCAGGGGUGGCGGGACGAUGGCUCUGCAGCCCCUCAGUGCCCAGCCGGGGCCAGGAAAACCUGCCCGGGCAUCCAGCCGAGAGCGGAGCCGCUGUGCCCCUGCUCGCUCGGGAUGUCCCCGCGGACCCUGCGGACCCAGCUCCGAGGCCAGGGCCGAGCUCUGCCCUCCUCGGCGGAGCACGGGCAGCAGCGAUGGAGGCUGCCGCUCCUGGGACCGUGGGAGGGAGGGAGGGAGCGCUGCCUGGGGCCGUGCCACCCCAGCUGGUCUCGGGUUUGGACAGCGCAGCGACAUCCCGAGCUCGGAGCUGCCGGGCUGGGAAAAGCCCCGGGCGGCGAAUCCCGCAGGGCAGGGACGGCCGGGCCUGCGGGAGCGCCCAGGGACCCCCAGCCCGCGGCCACCCCAGCGCCCGGAGCCGAAGCCGCCUCUCCCCUCUCGGGUCCGGGGUCGCUGCGGGGCUGGGCGGGGACGCCCCCCCCUCUGUCGGUCCCGCCGGGGGGCGGCACGGCCGGAGCGCCCACCCCCGCCUGCACAGGGACUCGCCCGAGUAAACGAGUGAGUAACGGGGCGGGAGCGCAGCCCGAGCGGACCCAGCCGCGGGAGCCUCCGCCAAGGGGGCUGCGGGCGCCGGCACCGGGGGGGCUGCACCGGGGGGCGCUGCCCGGACAGAGGGCGAUGGGGCCGGGGGCCACCCCCGCCUGA